AUGCUGGCGAGUCUUGCAUGGAGAAAAGUGAAGAACAAUCUGGCAAAGAAUAACUUGCCAUGUGCUGUGUUUACUGUGAAGAACUUCAAAGUCACCUAUAACUCCAUUAAUGGGAAAGACAUUUUUACCAAUGGCGACUGGGUUACUGGUCAGGUCACUCUGGAGGUGGCCAAAGACUGCCAGAUAAACCACCUGUUCAUAAAGUUCAAAGGGAAAGCUGAGAUGAACUGGACAGAGAGGCAAGGCUAUGGUACUGUUGUUUACCACUCCAAGCAGAAGUACUUCAGCCUGAAACAUUACUUCAUCCGAGAUAAAACUCUCACAGACAUUUUUCCCCCCUUGUCUCCCUGGGUCGCCCUGUUUUGCCCCUUAGCAUCGGUGGAUGCUCUGCUCUGCCCCUGUUGUCCCAGUCUCUUUCCCGGUUGCUUUCCCUCCUGUCCACUGGCCCCUGUUCUGUUGGUUGCCCAGUUUCACAGCUGUGGUUUUGUCCCAGGACGCCAUGUCUACCCAUUCAAAUUUCAGAUCCCUUUACAGGAUGUGCCCUGCUCCUUCACUGGUUCCAAUGCGGACCAUGUCAGUGUCCCUGGGAUAAAGACACAUCAGCACAAAAUUAUGGAGAAGAAAUUUAACCUUUUCACCUCAGGCGCAGUAACCAUGACUGCAGACAUUGAAAAAACAGUAUUCUUUCAAGGAGAAGGAUUAAAGGUUGUUGUCCGCAUUAUCAACAAGUCCUCUCGUGAAAUCAAGCCCAAGUACUGUGUGUACAGAAAGCACAGCUUCUUCGCAAAUGGGGAAAGAAGACUUGAAACUAAAGAUAUCUUGAAAGAGGUGGGAACAGCCAUCACUCCUUCUGCUUCGAAAAAGGUCACAAGGGUCAUCACCAUCCCCCAUGAUAUGGAGCCCUCCAUCCUCAACUGCAACAUCAUCAAAGUAGAGUACAGACUCAGGGUCUACCUUGAUGUCAAAUAUGCUUUAGACCCAGAGAUCAAAUUUCCCAUAAUCAUCAUGCCAGCCUCUCAGGUUCCUGCUGUGGUACCACCACCUGCUGCUACUACUGCCGCCGCUGCUGCUGCUGCCGCCUCUUCUGACUCUGGAUUGGAACCAUUCGGGAAGACAAACCCACCAGCAGCACCCCAGCCUUUUGACCCCCCUCCUCCCUAUGAAGCUCAUGGGCUGUAUCCUCCUUUGACAGAUUUUGGCAACAUUUCAGAGAAAUGAAUUAAAAGGAUAGAAAAGUUACAUUUCAUCACUAUCUUGUUUGAGUUUGUUUCCUAAAAUUGUAUUUUUCUUUCAAAACUUUCUGAUCAGAGUGAAACUGUUUGUUAGACACCAGCAUUAUCUGCUAAUAUGGUCUAUAGCAACCUAUAUACAUUUUGUUUUUUUCUUUUAAUUUGUCACAUGUCUAUAUGUUGCCACCAAAAUAUGAGUGAUGGAAUUUAAUUUGUGGUGCUCAAAAUAUUAAAUAUUUUUGAACAAAACGGCAGCAUUGUCUUUCCAGAAAUUUCAUGGGUGUGUUAAAUAAUGGACAC